GCGGUGAAGUGAGAUGGUCGACUCCGCCUAAAAUCUGUCUUGGCGAAAAGCGUUAAGCAGAGGGCGGAGUUUUUGUACGGGCGGCAAUGAGAGCGCGGCGAAUAUGACCUAAGGAUGGACUGGAGCGCUUACGAGGUAGACCCACUGGAUGUCCCUCCUCUCACCCCCACCAGUAAGGAGGUCCUGAGUCAGGCGAUAAGGGCCACCUUCGCUGGCUUCACCCAGGAGAGUAGCCGUAUGCACUUCCCACAAGACCCUAAACUGUGGUCAGAGUGGGAGGUGAACCACUGGUUAGACUGGUGCCAGGCUGAGUUCGGGCUCCAAAGCCUGGGCUCGGAUUGGAGAGGGCUGCCUGGGAGUGAGCUCUGUACCCUGGACAGAGAGGCCUUCCUGGACCUGAGCUCUGACUACACAGCAGGAGAGAUACUCUGGGAACAUCUGGAAACGAUGCGCAGAGAUUGUGAAUAUGAUCGUGGUUCCUCUCUAGUCCUUUGCACGUUGAAUUCUCUCUGCCAGUCGCAAAUGAACCAAGACAGUUACGUGGACCAUGUGCAGCUCAUGGACAAGCAGAAUCACCAUGGUCAGUUCUCCCAUCUCCCAAUAGAACCCCCACAGCUUCUGACCCUUGACCCUGUGACUGUGAGAUAUCAGGACUACCACCGGGUCAAACAGGAAGGACCUUACAGAAACCACCUGUCCUCUGUCCCUCUGCUCCGAGACCUUGACAGGACAGAGUGUGAUUCUGAGUUUGGGACCCUGCAUUAUGAGGACACGGACACCACCGCUUCUCUGUCCUUGACUAGACCAACGCAGGGUGUGGAAGAGUCCAUCUCUGAGGACCCCUUCAAUUUGCCACCCCCACACAGGAGCUUCAAAGAGUUUAUCGGGGACAAGACUGAUCUGGGUAGAGCUGUGGUUCCGGCAGGCAUUCUGUCUGCUUAUACUGGCAGUGGUCCCAUUCAGCUGUGGCAGUUUCUAUUGGAGCUCCUCAUUGACCGCAGCUGUCAAUCAUUCAUAAUUUGGACAGGGGAUGGAUGGGAGUUUAAACUGACAGAUCCUGACGAGGUGGCCCAGCUAUGGGGCCGGAGGAAGAACAAGCCUAAGAUGAACUACGAGAAGUUGAGUCGAGGCCUGCGCUACUACUACGACAAGAACAUAAUCCACAAGAACGCUGGCAAGCGCUACGUCUACCGUUUCGUCUGUGACCUGCAAGGCCUGCUGGGAUACGAACCCUGGGAACUGCACGCCAUUUUGGAUAUCACGGCCAAAGGCGGCCAUGAGUGAAAGCGGGGUAUCUUUUCGUUUCCUUUUAUUCCUUGACCGCUUCUAAACACGCAUUGGAGGAGAAGGUCCGAGGGGAGGAGCCGUAGCGCGGAAGGGGAGGAACCUCAGAUCUUCUCCUCCAAUGAGUUUUGAGGAGGAGGUUGAAGAACCAAGGAAAGACUUUGAGAUUCACCCAGACCUUGGUGCAGACGGGUCAAGAGACAAGAGACUGUGUUUACAAAAACUCAACCUCCUUAUCAUUUGGCAAUCAUUUCUUUGAUCAUGGUCAACUGUAAGCUGUAGGGCUUGUAUGUUUUUAUAUGUGAUAUGUAUAUAUUCAAUAUAAUUAUUGAAGAUAUGACCAGAGAAACAGUUUUGUUUAAAUUGUUUAUACAGGGCCUUCAGAAAGUAUUCACCCUCUUGACUUUUCCCACGUUUUGUUGGGUUAAAAGGUCGAUUAAAAACAUUUUGGUCAAUGGUCUACACUAAGUACUCUGUGAUGUCAAAGUAGAAGAAAUGUUCUAACGUUUGUACAACAACAAAAAAAUGAAAAAUAAAACUCAUAUCUUGAUUACUUAUUAAGUAUUCAACCCCUUAAGUCAAUACAUGUUAGAAAUCACCUUUGGCAGCGAUUACAGCUGUGAAUCUUUCUGGGUAAGUCUCUAAGAACUUUACACACUUGGAUUGUACAAUAUUUGCACAUUAUUCUUUACAAAAUUCUUCAAGUUAUGUCAAGUUGGCUGUUGAUCAUCGCUAGACAGCCGAUUUCAAGUCUUGCCAUAGAUUUUCAAGACCAUUUAAGUCAACUAACUAUGCCACUCAACAACAUUCAAUGUCCUCUUGGUAAGAAACCCCAGUGUAUAUUUAGCCUUGUGUUUUAGGUUAUUGUUCUGCUGAAAGUUGAAUUGGUCUCCCAGUGUCUGUUGGAAAGCAGACUGAACCAGUUUUCCCUCCAGGAUUUUGCCUGUGCUUAACUCUAUUCCAUUUAUUUUUAUCCUAAAAAAAGGUCCCUUGCCAAUGACAAGCAUACCCAUACCAUGAUGCAGCCACCAUCAUGCUUGAAAAUAUGAAGAGUGGUACUCCGAUAUGUGGUGGAUUUGCUCCAAAAUAACGCUUUGUAUUCAGUACAUAAAGUUCACUAAUUUACCAAAUCUUGUGCAAUUUUACUUAAGUGCCUUGUUGCAAACAGGAUGCAUGUUUUGGAAUAUGUUUAUUCUGUACAGGCUUCCUUUGUUUCACUCUGUCAUUUAGCUUAGUAUUGUGAAGUAACUACAAUGUUGUUGAUCCAUCCUCAGUGUUCUCCUAUCACAGCCAUUAAACUAUAUAACUGUUUUAAAGUCA